AUGUCCUCGCUCUUCUCGCUCCGCACCGUCUCCUCCUCCACCGCGUCUCCGUUCCUUCGCUCUUCUUUCCUCCGCCAUCUGCCCCGCGCACCAUUCCCCGCGCCCCGUCCUUCCGCGUCCCUCCCCGCGAAUAUUCCCCCUUUCUUUCCCGCGGGCUCGGGCUUAUUCUUCCGCCGUUCCACCCGGCGCUCGGCACCCUCCGCGCAGUUCCCAGCGGGCGGAAGCUCCGCUUGGCGCGCUCGCGAGCGCGUGCUUGUAACGAAGGCCGGCAUGGAGGCGGAACAACCAAGCCACGGCGUGGGGGAUGCGCGCGCGGAGGGGGAUGCGCGCGCGGAGGGUGCGCGCGCGGAGGAGGGUGCGCUGUCGUAUUUGUGUCAGGCGGAAGCCAUCGCGGUGGACGAGGCGCUGUUCUCGAGCCUAGGGUUCAGCGUCGACCAGCUCAUGGAGCUGGCAGGGUUGAGCUGUGCAUGCGCCAUCUUCCAGGAGUACCCCCCAUCACACUUCCCAUCAGUGCUGAUCAUAUGUGGGCCGGGCAACAACGGGGGGGACGGGCUCGUGGCAGCGCGGCACCUCUUCCACUUUGGCUACCGCCCUGCCGUCUGCUACCCCAAGCGGACGCCCAAGGCCCUGUACCAGGGGCUCGUCACUCAGGUGGAGUCGCUGGGAGUGCCGUUUCUGUCGCCCGACGAGCUGCCUUCCCCCCUGCUGCCGUCCUUCCACCUCGUUGUCGACGCCAUCUUCGGCUUCUCCUUCCAAGGCUCCCCCCGGCCUCCCUUUGACUCCAUCCUGGCCAGUCUCAUUGCGCCACCUGGCAGCACGGCAGAGGAGGCAGGCAUCCCCCCUAUAGUGGCCAUCGACAUUCCUUCAGGGUGGGAUGUGGAGCAGGGAGAUGCAGCUGGGACAGGCCUGAAGCCGGAUAUGCUGAUCUCCCUCACGGCUCCCAAGCGCUGUGCGCUCUCCUUCGCCGGCCGCCACCACUACCUGGGCGGCCGCUUCGUCCCGCCCGCCAUCCGCACGCGCUACAACCUGCGCCUGCCGCCCUUCCCCGCCACGCAGCAGUGCGUGCGCCUGAGUGGACCCUCUGAAACUACUCUUGCUCCUGCUGAUUCCCAGGCUGGUGGUGAAAGGGCAGAAGGAGCGGAGACACAGGGAGGUGCAGGUGGGAGCAGUGAAGCUGGGAAUGGUGGUGGUGCUGCUGCUGCUGCUGGUGCUGGUGCUGCUGCAGCUGCAGCGGCGGCGGUAGGGGUUGAUGUGGCGUCGUUGCGCAGGGAGUACUCGGGGAGGGCUCUUCUGGAGAAGGAAGUUCUGCCGGAUCCCAUCGAUCAGUUCCAAGCAUGGUUCAAGGAGGCAUUAGCUGCCAGUGUGCCGGAGCCCAAUGCCAUGACGCUCUGCUCUGUGGACGACGCUGGGAGACCCUCAGCGCGCAUUGUGCUGCUCAAAGGGGCGGACCCGGCCGGCUUUGUCUUCUUCACAAACUACAGAAGCCGCAAGGGGCAGGAGCUGCUGGGCCAGCCUGGCGUGCCGCCCGCUCAGGCCGCCCUUGUCUUCUACUGGGAGUCGCUGCACCGACAGGUGCGAGUGGAGGGAGAGGUGGAGAAGGUACCUGACUCCGAAUCCGACGCUUACUUCCACUCGCGGCCGCGGGGCAGCCAGAUUGGCGCGCUUGCCAGUGAGCAGAGUGCAGUGAUUGCCAGUCGGGAAGAGCUGGAGGCUGCAUAUGCUGCACUGCAGGAACAGUAUGGCGACAGCAUGCCGAUCCCCCGGCCGGAGCACUGGGGUGGGUUUAGAGUGGUGCCGCGCGCCAUGGAGUUCUGGCAGGGCAGGGAGUCCCGCCUGCAUGACAGGCUGCGGUACAAGAAAGAUGUGCAAGGCAAGUGGGUGAUAGAGAGACUGGCUCCCUAG